UUACAGGGUAUUGUCGAUGCUUACGGAGUCGCCACAUACCAAGAAGUAAACCCCGCUCUGUUCACGCUCAUCUCAUUCCCAUUCCUGUUUGCUGUGAUGUUCGGAGAUAUCGGCCACGGGUUCAUCAUGAUGCUGGCCGCCGCCGUUAUGAUUUGGAAAGAGAGAGCUAUCAUGCGAAGUAAAAGCCUGGGGGAAAUGCCGGGCACUGUGUUCCAGGGACGAUACAUGAUCUUCCUGAUGGGCUUAUUCUCCAUUUACACAGGGUUUAUAUACAAUGACUGUUUCGCCAAGAAUCUGUGGAUCUUCGAUUCGGCCUGGGAUCUGCCCACCAAAAACUGGGGCGAAAGCGGCAUGUUUUUGAAUGUGAGGGAAAAGGUCAAGAACGACUAUGCUUGCCCAGACGGCUGUGGGUACCGUGGUUACCCCUACCCCAUCGGUGUGGAUCCGGUGUGGUCGCUUGCAACUAACAAGCUGGCUUAUCUGAACUCUCUGAAGAUGAAGAUAUCUGUGCUUAUUGGGGUCAAUCAUAUGUCGUUCGGUGUGGUGCUGACCGUCUUCAAUGCGAAGUAUUUCAAGCGCGACUACGCCGUAUGGGCCGAGUUUAUCCCGCAGAUGUUCUUCCUGUUUGGUGUCUUUGGCUACCUGUGCGCCAUGAUCAUGGCCAAGUGGUGCAUGGUAUUCGAGUCCGUAGUGCCUGAAGGCGGCGGCACACCCAUCCCCUCAGACCCAUCGCUUCUGAUCACUCUGGUGAACAUGUUUUUGAAACCCGGAGAGAACACAUACGAGGCCAAGACGCUGCUGUACCCAGGGCAGUCGUACGUGCAGCUGAUGAUUGUCGGAUUUGCGCUGAUUUGUGUUCCCUGGAUGUUCCUGGUGUCGCCCAUCUACCAGAAUUAUAUGCACAAGAAACAGAAAGAGUCGGGGUAUCAACAACUGGGUCAAGACGACUCGGAUCACACCUAUCGAAAAGACGACGACGAUGAAGAGGACGACGGCCACAUCGUGCAUACGUCUGGCGGUCAUGGCGAGUUCGACUUCGCGGACGCCAUGAUUCACAACAGCAUCCACAGCAUUGAGUUCUGUUUGGGUGCGGUCUCCAACACCGCUUCGUACCUUCGUCUGUGGGCGUUGUCCCUUGCACACGCACAGUUGUCCGAAGUUCUAUGGGAUAUGGUGUUGAGAGGCACCUUUGCUACCAAUCCGAUCAUGUUGUAUCUGGGGUUCGGUGCUUGGGCAGGUCUGUCCGUAACGGUGCUGCUGAUGAUGGAAGGAAUGAGCGCCUUCCUGCACGCGUUACGUUUGCAUUGGGUGGAGUUCCAACAGAAAUUCUACGGCGGGGAAGGCUACACAUUCGUCCCCUUCUCGUACACCAAUUACCUUGCUGGGAUGAUACAUUGAGUAGAGUUGCUGAUUGGUCUGAUUUUAUUCUACCCCCGGAGCCAUGUUGACGCUCGAUUAACGAAUUUGGAUUCCCAAGAGCGGACUAAAUUCUCGUGGCAACCUACAAAUGACUGCUAUUUAUUCUCUACACUAUUUUAGAAAGAAAAUUUCGGAAAAUAAAAG